AUGUCAUCUGCAAUAAUUGAAUUGGGAAUGCGUUUUCAUAUUAUAGAAUCUGAUGUUCCCGACAAUGAAAAUCAGAACGACUUGGAAAAUGACGAUUCCGCAAGCAUUCAAGUAGAUCUCACCAAUAAUGAAAAUCGAAAUGAAUCAAUCAAUCCGACGAUAUAUGAGAAUUCUUCGGUGCUCAAAGACUUUCGUUCGAAACGAUUUCAUGAAUUGAAGUCUCUCGCUCAUGAAAAACAAAUAAAAGUCAAUCAACGGCUGGAACAAGUACUCAACACACAAAAUGUUAAUAAAAUAACAGUGUCAGUCGAAAGGUCAACAUGUAUGUAA